AUGGCGCAAAUGAGCGCCCCCUCAGAGCCGCCGCCGCCGUCAUCGACGAGCCAGCCGCCAAGUACCAGCUUUCUUCGCAAGUUGUUCGGACGAAACAAUGCGUCCCGAGCUCCGGGUCCCGCCGGCCCGACCCAGACAAAAGGGCCCGAGACCGAGCCGGAGCCCGACUCCGAUGACCCGCAAAACGCUGAGCUAGGCCGCCGUUCAAGAAAGGUCGUGCCCGGGCUUCCCCGAGUGCAGACCUUCAAACGCCAGCAAUCGGAGCGCAGGAAUAACCUCGCACCCGUCGAGCCCUCACCCGCCGAGAGGCGUGCCUUGUCCGUCGACAGGCGCAUACAGCCUUCACGCACAGCGUCGCAGACUCACUCAUUCCCUCGGGCCAGCGCCCCGGACCUCUUUGAGAAUGCGCCGCUGGAUGUGCAGUCAGCCCCAUCGGCACCGGUCAGUCCCAUCGAGGAAAAGGCUGAAGGCAAUGUAGCUCCGAUGGUGGCUCCGAUAGUAGCUCACGUUGGGGAGCCUGUGCCCGAAGAGUCCCAUAUCCACGACCUCCAAUCCAACUCAGACGCCCAUUCCGUGACGACAUCCCAGUCUCACUACGAGGCCAUGAUCCAUGACGAGCUUGAGACGACCUGGAUCCUAAACCUCAGCAUGCACUUCCGAGACAAGUCUAAGCGGGAAAAGUUCUUCGUCACGUAUCGAGAGACGCCCACCCUCUGGCGGCGGGUGACCAUCUCUCUAGACUACCGCAACGCGCCUGACAACUCUCUCGAGAUGGAUCUGCUGCACACCAAGUCGCAGCGGGACAAGAGUUCUAAGAUUUACGAAGCCAUCAGGGACAGCCUGCAGGACAUUCAGUUUUACCAGUCCGUCACCAACCUUAAGCUGCAGACAACCGACGGCCGGCUUCACGUGCACGUCGUGGAGGACGUCAAUGAAAUCAUCCAGUACCCCGCAGUCCGCCAGGUACAACACCUGGGUUGUCGAAGGAUAAGAGAGAGGGACAUUCAGUUUGACUCGCAUAUGUCUGGCUUUGUGUACAAAGUAUGCGUUGGUGGCGAGGUGCUCAUUAAGAAAGAAAUCCCCGGCCCCGACACCAUCGACGAGUUCCUCUACGAAAUCAACGCUUUGAACCGGCUUCGCUACUCGAGAAACAUCAUCCGGUUCUACGGCGUUGUUGUCGAUGACGACGACGAGCACGUCAAAGGCCUGCUCAUCAGCUAUGCCGUCCACGGGGCUCUCAUCGACGUCAUCUACGACAACCGACAGGAGUCGGAGCUUGGGCUGCCGUGGCAAAUCCGCGAGAAGUGGGCGCGUCAGAUCGUGCAGGGACUGGCUGAUAUCCACGAGUCCGGUUUUGUCCAGGGCGACUUUACGCUCUCGAACAUUGUCAUCGACUACGACGACGACGCGAAGAUUAUCGACAUCAAUAGACGGGGCUGUCCCGUAGGCUGGGAGCCGCCAGAGGCAACGCCGCUUAUCGAGAGCAACCAGCGUAUCUCAAUGUACAUCGGUGUCAAGUCUGAUCUGUACCAGCUUGGCAUGGUUCUGUGGGCGUUGGCAGCACAGGACGACGAGCCUGAAGCUCAGGGACGGCCUCUUCAGCUUGGAGAAGAGCACACCGUCCCGGCGUGGUACCGACAAAUUGUGGACAUCUGCCUGAGCGAAGACCCGCGGAUGCGCCUGCAGGCCUCAUCGCUCAUGUCCCUCUUCCCCGGGCCCACGGACGGGGACGACGUGGCCCCUCCAUCCAUCUCGGUCGAUGAUGGCUACUCCAUGCAAGAGUACUUCGUGGACGGCUACAACAGUCGGGGGAGGGUCAGGACCGUGCAGCCGUCCCAAGACUGGGCAUACGUCAACAUGGGGCCUCAGCACGGAAACCCGAACGGAGGGUUCUCCCAGGACCCCUAUUACUACACCAGAGGCCGAUCCCCUCCGAGCCCUCUCCCGAGCCACUACGCCGGGUGGGCUGGUGCUAAGAACAUUGCGCCUUCAUACAGCGACAUCGGGGCCGAUGAAAUUUUGGAGCCCAAGAGUGCCACGCCGACAACGAGCAAGGACUCUGUCGCGACCCCGGAGCCGUUGGAAGAGACGAGCAGAGCCAUGCAGCAGAAGUUAGAGGAGCUGCAGUUCACGCCAAUGUCCCUGCCGCCCUUGGACGAAGUCGAGGUCGACCACACGCCGGUUCAGGAGGACACCAAGCUCGUGCAUGAUGAGCUUGCGCAGGUGCUGUCCAGACAGGAGCAAGCGGACACGCGCACCUCUGCGGACCCUGUCGACAUGCGGACGGCGGUGGCAAGCCCCAUGACGAUCAAGGAUGACGCUGAUGUGGGUAACGACACGGAAGACGAGCGGUUUAGCACCGAGGACGAAAAGGAGGAAAGAGAGCAGCAGCAGCGGGGAAAAGUAGCACCAGGGCAAUCAGCGCCCGAAGAAAAGGGGUCCACAGAACCCAAAGACCAAAUGGACAGGAACGAUCAUGUCUUGGGCGCAGAGAAGGACGUUGCAGCUUGUAGAGACGUGGCAACGAAGCCGAUCACCACCCCGCCCUCUGGGGAAGCUCCGCCACUUGCUCGUUCGGAGGCGUGGCCGGAGGCCGAGAAGGGCUCUGCCGCCGCCGUCGAAACCCGGCCGAUAUCAGCGGAACGAACUUCUGCCGGAAGCAUCACCAAAGCCGACGCCCCGGAGCUUAAGGGGGUUGGAGGGGCGCACUCGGGCGGAGACGACCGGGUGGUUCGCGAGAAGGCGUCCUACGAUGAAGACUUGGCAUUUGGCGACGAUUAG